AUUAUAUUUGUCAGAUAUUUACUAUAAGUGUAUAAGAAUAUUUGAGUAUAAAGCAUAACGAAGUGCAUUAUCUAUACGUCUUUCGUAUACCACGAAACGAAGCUAAUUUGACAAUUUGUUGUUUUGUGCCAUUUGUAAAGUGUUCGGCUGGCGCGGGCAGUGUGAAUUUAAAAAAAAUUGACGAUAUUGGCGUUUGACUGCUUCAAAGAGAAAAUAUAGUUGGAUAAAUCUUUGUACAUCUUCUUCUUUUUGGAGAAUCGGCAACAAUUUGGUAGCAUCAGAAUUAUGGAUGUAGUGGAACAUGAUAUCCUUAUGUCUGCAAAAAGAGCUAAGAAGAAGCUAAGCAAGAUCAUCGAUCUAGUGAAUUCAGAUAUACGGAAAGGUUUCCUUGGUGUUGUUCUAAAUGUUCGAAAAAGGAAAAUAUUGGCCCUAAAACUGCUAAGACACUGCAAGUUGCGGCAGUUAUUUGUUCCAGUACUGGAAUCAAAAUAUGUUUUGUUGGACAUUUUUUGUGGUCUUCUUUGCAAUGUAAAUGAAUUGCCAAGAACAAAUUUAGCUAGGCAAGCUUUGAAAUUAGAGAAAUUUGUCAGAUGUGCUCAGAUUCUGCAAAAGAAACCACAACUGAUAUCCGACUUAUAUUGCUUACAAGAAUUAUAA